AUGCUCCUUCAUCCUACUCGCCUCGCCUUGUUGGCGUUGGCUCUGGUAGUGGCAAUAUCGCCAGGAGCUGUGGCUGAACAAGAUACGUUCUGGAUCUCCAGUCUCUUCCAGCCGGCGUACUCGUACUCGUACUCGUACCCGUACCAGCAACCGGUCGACUGUCAAGUGAGUGACUGGGGCUCCUUCAGCACCUGCUACUCUGUAUACUCGACCAAGACACGUCGUCGAUAUGUGACUGUCUGGCCCAAGAACGGCGGCGCAGCGUGUCCUCCCCUCGACGAUACGCAGCGCUGCGUCCCUCAAGACUGCCAGGUCGGACCCUGGUCCGACUUCACGGCAUGUGACCGUUCCUGCGGUAAGAAGACGCGCACGCGCGCCGUUCUUCUGCAAGCUCAAGACGGCGGAGCUGCUUGUCCAGCAACGACUGAGACUGCCCCGUGCGACCCCAUAAACUGCGUCCUGAGUGACUGGACGCCAUGGAGCAUUUGUCUCUUCGGCAAGAAGGGCCACACCCGUUUCGUCCAAACAUGGCCACAGUACGGCGGUACAGCGUGUCCUCCUCUCUUUGAAGUCGCAUCCUGUACUCCCGUCAACUGUGCCGUGAGUGUGUGGAGCCCCUGGAAAAUCCUCGGGACCAAGAAAACUCGCGUGCGUGAAGUCACGUGUCAAGCGGACGGUGGCAACCCGUGUCCGCCAUUAGUCGAAGAAGCCACGUGUAACCCUGUCGACUGUGUGGUGAGUCCCUGGUCCUGGAACGGAGUCUGUGACCCCAUCACCAAGCUGCGUCCACGUAUCCGAACUCCCCUUACAGCUGCACAAGACGGCGGCGCUGCGUGUCCGACACUUCAAGAAUCUGUGACGUGUGUGAACUGUGCGGUGAGUGCGUGGACGGACUUUUCCACGUGCAACCCGCUAACUGGUACCAAGACCCGAUCGCGAUCGGUAUCAACUGCAGCUCAAAACGGCGGUGCUGACUGUCCCGCACUCACGGAGACGGCUCCCUGUGAUCCCGUGCCAUGUGUCGCGGGCAACUGGACCGACUGGAGUGUAUGUGACGCCAAGACACGACAACGGAAGCGUACGCGCGACGUGUUGACUACGCCUCGUUAUGGCGGCACCAUCUGUCCUCCUCUGGCUGAAACCCAGUCGUGUACGCCUCAAGACUGUACAGUCAGCGACUGGAGUCCGUUUGAAUACUUCGUCAAACCUACCGACGGACUUCGAUACAAACGCCGGACUCGAUCAAUCAUCCGAGCUUGCGAUGGCGGCGCUGUCUGUCCGCCCUUACAAGACGAGCAGAUCUGUCAACCUGUGGACUGCCAAGUGAGUAAAUGGGUGUGGGAUGACAAUGGAACUGGGUCGUGUCCUCCUGGGGGUCAGCGUAGACGAACUCGAUUUGUUGUGACCGCCGCCAAGGACGGAGGUGCAGCCUGUCCGCAACUGGAGGAGCUCGUGGCUUGUGGCGAUUGCCAAGUGAGUGCCUGGGGUCCGUUUGGAGCCUGUGAUUCAGCCACGAUGACGCGUAAAAGGACGCGAAGCGUCUCGCAACAGCCCUUUGGUGACGGCGCUGCGUGUCCAGUACUCGAAGACUUCGCACCGUGCGAGCCUGUGGCUUGCCAAGUGAGCGAGUGGACUCCCUGGGGAUCUUGCUCCGCUUCUAAGGUUCGUCAACGCACUCGAACAGUGCAAGUUGCAGCUAAAUACGGCGGAACCGACUGCCCGCCGCUCGUGGAGCAGCAGAACUGCAACCCGACCGACUGUCAAGUGAGUCCCUGGGGGCCAUACGAACUUCGUGGCGACACGAAGUGCCGUCGACGUACUGUUCUUCGUGACGCCGACGGUGGCAAAGCGUGUCCGCCACUGGAGGAGACGGUGCCGGCUAAGAAAGUGGAUUGUGUGGUCGGUCAGUGGGGCCCGUACUCAGCCUGUGACCCCAUCACGAAGCAACGUUCGCGCUCUCGAUGUGUGGUGACGAGCCCCCAAGACGGCGGUGCUGUGUGUCCACCGUUGAUUGAAGCUGUAGCCUGUGCGCCUGUGCCAUGUCAAGUCAGCAACUGGGGAACGUGGAGUGAUUGCUCGCAGGUUACUGGGAAGCGUACUCGCCGCCGUACCGUGACAAUUCCCUGUGCCUUUGGAGGUGCCGACUGCCCCGAUCUCAUUCAAGAAGAAGCAUGCAAACCCGAGGACUGUAAGGUGGGCGACUGGACGUCUUGGAGCGGCUGCAACAAGCUUACCAAGACACGUUCUCGUCGCCGCUCUAUCCUUUCCCAAGCUCGCUUCGGCGGUGCCGUGUGUCCAAGUCUAGAAGAGGUGAAAGUUUGUGAGCCGUCAGACUGUGUCGUCAGCUCCUGGUCGUCGUUCACGUCGUGUGGCGUCAACGGCAAAGAGCGUCGCUUCCGUACAGUGCUGCAACAGCCUGACGCUGGAGCGUCGUGUCCCCCCUUGAUGGAGGAGCGAUCCGUGCCGAAGGUGGACUGCCUUGUGAGCGACUGGAGCGACUGGGGCGUGUGCGACCCUGAUCUUCUUGUGCGUGUCCACAACCGGUCAGUUCUCACGCCGGCACAGAACAACGGCAAAUCCUGUCCUGCUUUACAGGGCUCACAAGCGUGCUGUCCGAAGCGCGUGGACUGCAAAGUUAGUGAGUGGUCGGACUACUCGAUAUGUGACCCUGCUUCCAACACCCAACGACGCGUUCGCAAUGUGACUCAAGCUGCGGGUCCUAACGGACGAGCGUGCCCUGAUCUGCAGCAAUCUCGAAGCUGCAAACCGAGCGUUGACUGCAAAGUGGGUGAAUGGGGCGUCUGGGGAAGCUGUAGCAGUGCGAAAUACCUGCGUACCCGUACGCGUCAAGUGGCCAUUGCGCAGUCCGGUAAGGGGGAAAAAUGUCCGCCUUUAUCGGAUACGCAAAGCUGCACCCCCGUAGACUGCCAAGUGAGCGACUGGAGCGAUUGGAGCGCGUGUGAUCCGAAAUCUAGUACUAAGAAUCGGACGCGCACAGUGUCGAAAGAACGCGACGGAGGAAAGAAGUGCCCAAACCUCAUCGAGACGAAGCCGUGCACCGUAAACGUGGACUGUCAAGUUUCGCCCUGGGGCGACUAUUGCGCUUGUGACGAGGCCACCUGGACACGAACCAGAACUCGUACCAUCGCCGUCCAGCCGAAGGGAAAUGGAAAAGCGUGCCCCCCACUCUCAACAGCGGACGCGUGUCCCCCACGCGACUGUAAAGUGAAUGGGUGGUCUCAGUUUGGAGCUUGCGAUGUCAACGGCUAUCGCAAACGCAGCCGAACAAUCGCCAUUUCAUCCCGUGGCGGCGGUAAGUCGUGUCCCUCGCUUGAUGAGACGAAGAAGUGUGACGCUGUGAACUGUGGUGUGUCUGCGUGGGGGCCCUGGGGCGACUGUGAUCAAACGACCACCCUCCAGACGAGAUCUCGAACUGUCCGCGUUGAACCUGCAUAUGGCGGCACACCCUGCCCGCCUCUUAAUCAGACACGAAGCUGCCAGAAGUGCGUGGUGAGUGAGUGGAGCGACUGGUCCAUUUGUACGGCCGAUACGCCCACCCGGUCCCGCACACGUGACGUUGUCCAGCAACCGCCUCCUCCUUCGACGUGUGGCAACCCCGACGAUGAUGUCCUCGUUGCCACUUUGUUGUGUCCCGUUUUGAAGGAAGAGCAGCCGUGUGAGGCGAUUAACUGCACCGUGAGCGACUGGGCCGAAUGGAGUGACUGUGACCCGGAGACGUACGUGCGAACGCGCAACCGAACCAUUCUACAGCCUGCUGUGCGUGGAGGCAACGAGUGCCCCGAUAUCACGGAUACACUGACAUGUCCACCAGUUGAUUGCACUGUUGGAACCUGGUCCGAGUGGUCGGUCUGCGGCGUGACGGACCUCACCUCGACCCGGUCCCGAGACAUCAAAGUGCCGGCGGCUUUCGGUGGUGCCGAGUGUCCGUGGCAGACGGAAUCAGUCGACUGUCCGUCGAUUGACUGCGCUCUUAGUGACUGGAGCGAGUGGAGCGAAUGCACAGACUACACACCGACGCAAACCCGGGAGCGAUCGAUCCAGCAGGAUGCCGUUCGGGGUGGAGCUGUGUGCGACGUAUUAACGCAGACCCGUGCGUGUCCUCCGGUCAACUGUGAACUGGGGCCUUGGGGCUCGUGGCAGAACUGUGACCCCAAGACUGGCACUAAGUCCCGCUCUCGUCCAACGGCGCGGGCCCCACAGCGAAACGGCACAGCGUGUGACGCUCUCCAAGAUAUUGCACCGUGUGAUCCGAUCGAUUGCGCUGUGGAUAAAGACUGGGGCGAGUGGAGCUCGUGCGACCACACCUGUGGCAAGCGGUACAAGCGUCGAUCGGUCGUACAGUCGCCUUUGUACGGUGGUGCUGCCUGCCCGCCUCUUGUGUCCGAAGGACCGUGCGAACCCGUUAACUGUGCCGUAUCCGGUUGGGGCGACUGGAGCGAGUGUGACGCCUCCACCGGUAUGCGUACACAGACUCGAAACGUGACACGAGAGUCACUAUACGGCGGUUUGACGUGCCCUACGCUGGUCCAACAGAAGAAGUGCGACCCUGUGCCCUGCACCGUGAGCGAGUGGUCUGCAUGGACAUCUUGCGACAGUGAUGACCCUCAGCAGCACCGCAGUCGCAACAUCACCCAGCAGGCUCUGUAUGACGGUACCGCAUGUCCCGACCUCACACAGGACGUGACGUGCGCUCCGAUCAACUGUGAAGUAGGCCCAUGGAGUGACUAUGGCCUCUGCGACGCGAGUACAGGUCUGCGUACACGCACCCGUUCAGCCACGCAGGUAUCUCGUCACGGCGGCACGUCGUGUCCCGCUCUGAACGAAACAAUUGCUUGUGACCCCGUUGACUGCAAGGUCGGGGAGUGGAGUGAGUACGGUGAGUGUGACCCCGUGACGUUCAAGAAGUCAAAGUCCCGUCCGAUAUCGCAGAAGCCUUUGUACAAUGGUGCGGCGUGUCCGGAUGUGACCAAUGACCUGCUGUGUGACCCGGCUCACUGUGUGGUGAGUCCAUGGGGACCUUGGGAGAACUGCGACGCCGCAUCCCAAACCAAGACGCGUAGACGCAUCAUCGACACGCAGCCGAAGUACGGCGGAUCUGUGUGUCCUGCUCUCGAAGAAUCUGCUGCAUGCGACCCGGUGAACUGCGUCAUGGAGAAAUGGUCUGACUGGAGCGUCUGCAAGAGCGACGGCAGUGAUACGAGCUCUGUUCGCACUCGCUCGGUAGCACAGCCAGCGCUUUAUGGAGGUACGCCAUGCGGCCCAACCCGUGAAGAAGUCCCGUGCGGUGCUGUCAACUGUAUGGUCAGUGAGUGGAGCCCAUGGUCGUCUUGUGAUGCAAGCUGCGGCAAGAAGACUCGCAAGCGUACGGUAAAGCAACGAGCAUUGUACGGUGGAGCUGCAUGCCCACCACUUGAAGAAAUUACCAACUGUGACCCUGUCAGCUGCUCCGUGGGAGAAUGGGACGCGAACUGGUCGGCAUGUGAUCCGUCGUCUGGUCUCCGCAAGUUGACGCGUCCUGUACUUCAGACGGCGCUGUACGGCGGAACAGCGUGUCCUAUCACCGUCCAAACCAAGGCGUGCGACCCAGUCGAUUGCACGGUGCACGAAUGGGGCGAGUGGGGAUCCUGUGACGCAACCAGUAGCAAGAAAUCGCGCGCCAGAAUAGUCAAGCAGGUCGAUCUCUAUGGAGGUUGCAAGUGCCCCGACCUCACUCAAUCGGCACCGUGCGACCCUGUUCCCUGUGCUGUUGGACCCUUCAGUGACUGGAGCAGCUGCACCGAUGCAGAUGCUACCAAGUCCCGUACGCGCCCGACUACACAGGACGCACUUUAUGGAGGCACGGCUUGCCCGGCACUGACAGAAACGGCGGCGUGUCCACCUGUUGACUGUGUGCUCGACUCAUGGGGACCGUGGAGCAACUACGACCCUAGAACGGGUAUUCGUACGCGAAGUCGGAAGGUUCUCCAGCCCGCCGUUCGAGGCGGCGUGGCUUGUGACGGUACGACGGAGUCCGAGACGGCACCACCGGUGAAUUGCCAGGUCGGCAACUGGAGUGUGUACGGGCCCUGCAACGACGCCGCCGGCGUCAAAACUCGAUCACGUGAGAUUUCGGUGGCUUCGCUGUACGGUGGUCUCCCGUGUCCUGAACUUCUCCAGAAUGCAACGUGCGAUCCGGUAAACUGCAUCGUGAGCGACUGGAGUGUGUGGGGCGCCUGUGACCCCAACACUGGCACCAAGUCUCGCCGCCGUGACAUUCUGCAGAAGGACAAGUACGCAGGUGCCGCUUGCCCGGACACGUCGGACUCUGCGCCUUGCGACCGCGUGGACUGCGCCAUGAAUGAGUUCGGACCCUGGUCAGCGUGUGACCCGACGUCGGGCAGCAAGACGCGAUCGCGCACAGUGAAGGUGACGCCCAUGUACGGCGGAAGCGUGUGCCCGAGCACCACGGAGCAAGGCUUCUGUGACCCGAUCGACUGUAAACUGACUGAGUGGGGCAGCUUUGGCGCCUGUAACUCCACCACUGGACUAAAGACCCGUUCACGCACAAUGUCGACCAAUCCGCUGUACGGCGGAGCGGCGUGUGCGUCUCUCACUGACACUGCGCCGUGCGACCCGGUCAGCUGCCAAGUCGGCCCUUGGAGCUCGUGGUGUGCCUGUAACCCGGCAACUCUGCAGUCGACACGUACGCGGAAGAUUAUUGUGGAGCCGAUGUUCGGAGGCCUUGAGUGUCCCUGCUUAUCCGAGUCAAUGGCGUGUAAGUUUCCGAAGGUGGUCAGCUGUACGGUGAGUGCGUGGUCGGACUGGACGAAGUGUUCGAGCAAGACGGGAACCCGUUCACACUCGCGUAAAGUGGUGACGGCUGCGGCGAAUGGCGGUGCGGCAUGCCCGGCACUGAGUGAAACGGCGUCGUGCAGUGGGUUAACGUGCACGAUGGGAGCGUGGUCAAGCUGGACGACUGGAUGCGACAGUUACGGCUUGCAGACACGGACGCGUGCAUUGCUGGAUGACCCGUACAUGUCUGGCGUCUCGACGUGUCCGCCUGUGCUGGAGACCCGCGAGUGUGUCUACAGCAGCUCGACCAACGACUACUCGCCACCCACGAGUGCUUACCUAUUGCUCGGUGACGACCAAGUUGCGCUGGAGGCUCAGGCAUUUGGCGAGGGUGGUGAGACUCAAGCUUUGUAUGUGUAG